AUGACACACGUUGGAGGAGGUGCAGAAAAUCCAAUGCAUAAUGAUGAUAAUGAACGAGCAAAAGGCAAACAAGUAGCUGGUGCAAGUUCAUCUAUGACAAGUGGUGGAGGUAGCUCAAGCAGUACUAGUGGACAGAAAGCUACUUCAACUGAUGCUGGCAUGAAGAAUACAACUAAUCAAAGUACUGGUGGUGAACAAAGUGCAACAGGUGGAGGUAGUAGCAGUGGAGGCACUGGUGUUGGAAGUAAAUCAGGUCCACAAGGUGAAAGUAACAAGGGAAAAACUGUUCAUGAAUUUUUCAAUUUAUCUUUAAGAGUCAAUUUUAUUCUAAUGGAAGUAGCUGUUGUGGAAAAUGAACCAAGACUACCUAUUAAAACCUAUGAACAUGAUUGGAUUCAUAUUAUAUAUAUGAUUACAUCUACUAUAUGCUUUGUAAUUGCAGUUUAUCAACGUAUUUCAAUAGAUUUUUUCUAUGCUUCGUACACUAACACUUAUGUUCAUGUACCAUCUCUUAAUCAAUAUCCAACAGAUUUAACUGCGUCAUCUACAAGUAUUUCUUAUAUUUGGUAUCUCGUUUUCAUUUGGCAAGCUAUGUGGAUCAUCUAUUCAUUUAUCUGUAUAUUUCGUCGUACUUCAUUCGGUUAUUAUUUCUAUCAAUAUCCAUGUGCUAUGAAUAGAUGGUGUUUUUUUUAUACAGCAUCUGCUCUUCUUCUCUAUAUACCACAAUUAGCAGCUGGUGCAAAUAAUACAUAUGAUGUUUCGAUUUCAAUAUUUCGUUAUAUUGGUACAUUAGUUAAUGUUUUUAUCGUUGUUGUUAUUGUUCAUAAUGCUUUACAAGAUAAUAUGAGAGAUUAUUUCAGAGAUAAAUAUUUUCUUGAUGUUUGGUUAACACGAUUGCUAUAUCAAAAUGGUUUAGCUAUAUGGGCAUCUAUUCUUUUUUAUGAAAGUUGUCUGUCAAUUACUAUUGGUCUUAUUUAUAGUAAUAAUGAUUAUUCAACAGCUUCGAAUAUUGGAGGAUUUAUUCUUCUUAUUGGACUUAUUAUGAUAUUUUUUUUUGAAAAUUGUGGAUUCAAUAAUAGUAUUGCUUUUAUUCUAUCACAUUGGUUUAUUUUUUUAUGGCUUCUUAUUGAUAUAAAUUUUUUAUCAAAUAAUAAAUUGUCAGAAUCAUUUUGUGCCAUAAUACUUCUACCUACGAUUGAAUUUUUAAUUUUUAUCUACAUAGUGGUACGUUUACUUUUGCUUUAUUUAUUUUUCAACUGGAAAAUAUUACCGACUUUUCAUUCAGGAAGAGUUUAUAGUCUUGUUGUUCCACCAAUAGCUUUUUAA